AUGGUAAGGCCGCCUGGGCCUUUGCGCUUGUAUCGUUCUGUGAGAGCUGCAGGGGAAGUCCCCGGUCUUCCGGCAAAACUCAAGGCAGCAAUUCAGACGCCACGGCUGCGCGGGAUGCAUUCCAGGCCUGGCACUAGCAAUACAACCUGUGGCUCUGAGUGUAGUAGCCCGGUGGGCUCGAGUGCUUCCCAUGGCAUCUCCAGACCUUUAAGGGAGAGGGCUCCCAGCCCUACCACGUCGCCAACAUUUUGGAGGAGGAGAGUACUGGCCGAGGAACAGAACGAGGUGCCAAGUAUCUCCAGCCGCUCUCGCAGGUCAAAGAGUUCAGAGGUCAGAAGUGCGAUCUUGCCUACCUGGAAGCGCUGGAGAGCACCACCACUGCAGUCCUCAGAGCCACCCAGAACAUCCCUGAAGGGCCUUGACGACACGGAGGUUGUGAUGUACACCAGGGCCCAGAUGGGCCCAGGAUACUUGCCACACGAGGAGGAGGAUGAGGAGGAGGAGGAUGAGGAGGAUGAGGAGGAUGAGGAGGAUGAGGAGGAUGAGGAGGAUGAGGAUGAGGAGGAUGAGGAGGAUGAGGAUGAGGAGGAUGAGGAGGAUGAGGAUGAGGAGGAUGAGGAGGAUGAGGAGGAUGAGGAGGAUGAUGAGGUAUUGGCAGCUCCUGACUGGAGUGAAGCUGACACAACAGCAACUUGUCAGUCUCAUCGACUCAACACCCGGGGUCUAUUUGGACCCACCAGGCUGCAAAAGGAUGAACUUCCGCGCUGUUCUAGAAGAGCCACCGCAGAACUUUCGCGGCUUUAUCCAGGAACAAGAAGAAGGAAAUCCGAAGGAUCUGGAGUAUCCAAUGCUCAGGACCUUGUUACUCCAGAGGUUUGGGAGGACAUCCGGGGUCUUCUCGCUCAAGGAGGGUGGCCUAAGAUCACAGAUCCAGGAUACAGGAACGUGUCCCUGGCAGCCUGGCUACAAGAUCAGACAGAAGGUCUCAGUGGCGUUACUUUCGGGCGCUUGCUUCAAGUCACUAUCGUUGGUAGUCACAAUGCAAAGCUGUUGGGCCUUCGAGAAGGUGCUUUGGUUCCAUACGCAGAGUCUGAAGAGUACGAGAGGUUUGCGAAUGCUGAAGCUGGAAAGCCAACCGGUGUGAAGUCAAACGAGUCGUAUAUCAAGAACUGGGAUGACUUGUACGAUUCCUUGAGAAAGCUCAUCAACGACAGCCCAAAGUAUGAGAUUGAGAUAUCCCAACUCAAGCUUCAGUGUCGAGCCAAACUACGGAAGGAGCUCAGUGAGACUGUUUUUGGCCACUUCUCUCUGUCUCGAUUGCUGGAAGAUCCCAGGAUCAGUGAGUACAUUGAGAGGAGUGGCGAUCCCAUCACGAGGCCGUGCAUCACUAUGCGCAGAUCGGCCAAAUGGGGCGAUGAAGGCAAAGGAAAAUCCAGUGGCAGCGAGAUGGACGAUCCCUGGGCAGAUCCAGCCAAGGACCCUUGGGCUUCCAAAGGAAAGGGGAAAGAGACUUCCAAGGGAAAAAUACUGGUAAAAGGAACUCCCCAAAAAGGAUUGGGAAAAGGUUCGAAGGCGGCCGAAACUCCUGCAAAAGCCAAAGCUGCUGCAAAGGGAGCUGCUAAGCCAGCCGUCAAGCCAGCCACCAAGCCAGCAGCAAAGGCAGUUGCAAAGCCAGGCAGGAGCAUCCACAGAAGGGCGAGAGCUGGCAGAGGCUCGGAAGAGCUGGUUGAGGCGGAGAUUCUGCUAGCAGACGACAAGAAAGCCACUCUCAAGGUGUCCUCCACGGAGGAACUGGCUGAUGCAGUGGAAAGGUUCUGCAAGGAGAAUGGCCUGGAAGAACAGCAGUCGAAACUGCUGUCCUGGUUGGAGAAACAGGUUGUGGAUCCGAAAGGAAGUUCGACCUUGAAAGUCGACAUCAAGACGAUUGCGUCCGGGAAUUGA